CCCAACCCCUCGGUGUGUGGGCAGCCCCUGGCACCCCACAGGACCUGUUCCCUGCAGCCCCAGCCCCCCUGCCUGGGGCUCAAGGCAGCCCUGGCACAGAAGCAGCACCGUGUGCCUGCCCUGCGCCGAGGGGUUGGCCAUGGGCACCAGCACAACAGCAGCGGCUCCGGGGAGAGCUAUCUCACGGAGCACAGCGGGUACCUGGCGGAUGGGCCAGGCAGUGACUCCAGCUCAGGGCCCUGCCACGGUUCCUCCAGUGACUCCAUGUUGAACUGCACAGAUGUCAGUCUGCAGGGCAUCCACGGCAGCUGCUCCACGUUCCGCAGCUCCCUCAGCAGACGAGACACGGAGUGUCCCCCCGGGCGGGGGCCUGGGCAGCGCAAAUCCCGCUACUCCGGGGCCAAGGUUGGCUUCCACGGUGCUCGGACACAAAGGAGAACUGAGAAGAGCCAUCCCUGUCAGCAGCCUGCGGGAAGCAGCGCUGUGCUGCAGGAGGCAGCUCCAGCAGGACAGCCAGGCUGUCCCCAGGAAGGCUGGGAGCCCCCUCACAUCCCUUCAGCUUCUCCACACAGGUUGGACUUCAGUGGAGAUGCUAACAGACAAUCGGGAGCAGCUGGCACAGCCCCUGCCUCGCUGCCCCCCAGGCACAGCUUCCAGAGUCGGCAUCACCGAAGGAAAAGAAAGUGUCCCCUGGAGCCUGACCCUGCUCUCCUGCCCAAGGACUCAGCCUUGCCCAAAGCCUGCGAGGCUCACCUUCCUCACAGCCAUCCCACUGCCUCCCACUGCUCCCCCGAGGUCCAGCCCCUGAUCCCAAGCGCUCCCCUGGCCAGCAGCUCAGGCUCCCGGCCCCUCUGGAAGUGUUUAGUGCCACAGUCCAGCUCGGAGCUGAGGAAGCAGGAGGUGGGGGUGUCAGGCCGGGAGGGAAACCGCUCGGUUCCUGCCGAUCUCUCAGGUUCAGGCACCCCCAGGCACAGUCUGAGUCUCCACCUUCACUGCCCGUCCCAGGGUGGUCAGG